CGUUGAUUUAAGUGUUCACAUAUAAUUUUUAUUUUUUUUAAAUAUUUUCAACAUUUUUUAUUUUUUGAAAUUUGAGUAAUGUCUAUUAAUAUCACUGUACAUGGAAGCCCUAUUAAACGUUCCACGAGAAAUGCUAUAAUCCUAGAUCCAGAGGGUAAUAGGAAGAAAGUUUUAGAAGAAAGAAAAAAACUGAGAUUGGAACAAGUCCGACAAAAAUCUAAAGAACUUGCAUCACAUGUAAGAAAAAAGGUGGAAAAUGAAAAGCAAAAGCAAAUAAAAAUAAUUGAACAAAAAAAACAAGAAGAACUAAAAAACUGGAAACGUCAUUUGAAAGAACAAUUGAACAACACUGUUCCUAAUAUCGGUGAAGCACACAGAGCCGCAAAAAUAGAUAAUUCUCAACCGAAAAUUCACCAGCUAAUUCGUGAGGAAUCGAUAGAUUUGAUUCCAGCUACCAGAAAUGCAAAAACUACAAAAUGUAGAGAAAAAAUGAAGCCAACUUGUAUCUACGAUAACAAAGAAAAUUUUUCAAACAUGAAUUUUGACCGACAACUUCCUAGAGUUAUAGAAGAAGGUUCAGUAGAAUGUAGUGCGUCAUCAAAUGAAAAGCCUUUAGAACCAUCUAUGAAAAAUGAUAUUAGACGAGAAAGUAAAAUUAAAGACUUAAAACACAAUUAUUCUAGAGCCAUCCCAAUGCCAAAUCAUGCACAAUUAGAUUCUAUUUCGAAAUAUCGUAGCGAAGAAAUAAAACAUUCCUUGUUCUCUAGGUCAGAUAGACCUAUAAUUGGAUCCUAUGCGUCUUUCAAAGAAAACAAAACGAAAGAAAUCCCUCAGGCUUUCAAGGAAAUUCCAUCUGUGAUGAUGUCAAUAAGUUCUUCUGAUACGUCUCUUGAUUCUUCUUCAAGUUCUUUAGAAACACAGGAUAUACAUAAUAAGACGAAUCAACACUUUACUCGAGUGUAUUCAAGAGAAAAAAAACAACCUUCAUUAAGUCGAAAAUUAAAUGUUUAUCCUGCAGCUACUGAACCAAUUAUAAAAUCCUCAAGGACAAAAUUUACCCAAAUAUCGGACCUUUUAAAUAAAAACCAAAAAACUCAUAGUAUUCAUGCUGAAAACAAUGGUUUUUCUGGAGAAAUUGCAGAUAAAAAUACAUUAGCUCAAGGAAAUAUGAAUUUAUUUCAAGAAAAAAGUAACUUGCAUUCCCAUAAUAAGAUGACAUUAAACCUACGUCGAGGAAAAAAUUAUUUUUCAGAACAAACAACGAAUCAAAGUAGUUCGAAUACAGCUGUUACCACAAAUACAAAUUUAACAAACAAUUUUAAAACUGUACGAGAAUGCCAACAAAAUGAUUCUGCUUCUAUCGAAAACAACACUGAAAAGCCUGUGAACAUGCAUGUGGUUAAAAAUAAAGAGUUUUCGAAAAAGGCACCUAUAUCUUUAGAUACAGCUAAACUGUCAAAAAAUGUAGAAGAAUCUGAAACUUUGCCAUCUAAAGUUCAUCUAACUAAACCUACGUCAUACGAUUAUAACAACAGAUUUAAGAAAGUUAUAAAUCCAACUAGAAUUACUACAGUAGUAGCUGAAAAAGUAUCGCAAGAAACAAGCGCUACUGAAAAUGCGGAUAUAGAGAGACAACUACAAAAAUCGAGGGAAAAAGAAUUAGAAACAAUGCGAAAAAAAACUGAAGAAAGAGGUCAGAAAGCUUUGGAACGCGAAAGGAUACGUCGCGAUUAUGAAAUGCUGGAAGCAAAGUUAGAUGCUUUAACAAAAGAUAAGCAACUACCCAAGUCUUAUACUGACGAAAAUAUGACUGAAGUUCGCCUAAAAUUGUUGGAAAACGAAAGAAUUAAUAAAAUAAAUUCAAGUAUUGAAAACGUUAUAAAACGUCCGAUUACCAUAACACUGCCGGAUGUCCAAAAUACUAAGCCAAAAGCUUCCCAAAUGCAGGAAAAUAACUUAUAUACAGGAAUUAAUUUAGCCUACAUGGAAGAUGAUUCCGGAACUCUUAAUUCGUCAGAUAGCUGUUGUUCGAUUCUUCUUAAUUACGUAGAAAACCAAACACAACAAAUAAAUAAAGAUAUAAAAAACUGCGCUAAUGAUGAAAAAACUAGAAAACUUAAACAACUUUUAAGUAAACUUGAAAAUUUAAAAGCUAAUCUUAUGAAAGAAUUGGAAAAGAGUGAAAAAUCUACCGCAAACAAAAACAUUCAAACUAUGUUUGACUCGAUCACUGAUGUACGCCAUGAAAGAGAGAAAAUAAUUGUCCAAAAUUCAGAGAAAAAGGACAUAGAAAAAAGAGAAAAAGAACUUAAAAAACGGGAAAGUAUUUUAGAAAUGAAAUUACGACAAUUCUACGAAAUGAAAAAGGCAAAAAACGAAACUGAGAAUUCUGAACGACAUAUGAAAUCAAAUCAGGAAUCCAAAAACAAAAAACAACAUGAAGAUUCUAUGAAAGUUCAAUAUAUUCCAAGUGAGACCAGUGUAGAGUUUUCUAGUAAAAGUGUGGAUACUCAAGAUGAAUCUUCUACAUAUAUCGAAAAAAAAUUUAUAAAAGUCGACAAACCAAUGGAAAUUGUAAUAAAAGUAAAAGAGGCAAAACAAAAAACCCCUUAUAGAAAAAAAUCUAGUUUGAUUCAGAAGACAAAACCGUUUAUAAAAAAGCCUAAUUUUCAAAAAAUUAGCACUCCGAUAAAAAAAGUUGAUAAUUCAGAAUAUACUAGUUCCACAGUUUACAAAAGUCCUCCUGAAACAAUGCGCACUGAAUUAGGUGAGUUCAUUGAUAAGAAUGAACAAAAACAACUAGCUAAAAAUUAUAACCACAAUAAAAUUUUUGAAAAGUCUAAACGCAUACUUACAAAACAAACUCAGCGUACACCGCAACCAUUAGAACAAGUUUCUGAAAUUGUGUCUAGUCGAAUAGUGCAAAACGAAGAAUCUAACAAAAAAAAUGACUAUAAGCGACGCGUAGAGAAAAAGGAAAGCUCGGUUACAAAGAGAUCGUGCGACCCUAGUUUAGUUCAAUAUAUUCAACGAUUACUGGGAAUGUCAAGACAUUCUAUACAAAUGCUUGGAGUAAGCAGUUCCGACGUUCAAACACCAAGUUCUUCAAUUAUAAAUACUGCAAAUAAUAUAUCUGAUUUAGAAUUAGAUAAUGACCAACAAGAACGCUUAAAUAGAAUUCAAAAUUUUAUAGAAGACAAUUACUCCUUUGUUAGUGAAAUAGAAAAAUCUUUGAAGAGAGAUGAAAAAUUAGCAGAAGAAAGUGAAGAAAGCAUGCGCUUGAUCGAGGACAUUUGGAAAAAAUCACUAAAACAUCACAUUAAAAAAAGUAAAACUAAAAGUUAUGAAUCUCCAAAGCCAAUUUUGAAAAAUAAAAUAAGAAAGCAGAAAACUGGCGAAAUUCAAGAAAAAAUUUCCGAUCAAAAAUCGGAUGGAUUUAGUGCAGAAGAAAGAGUGCUUGAAAAAUAUACAGAGAUGACAGACAAUUGUACUCAACGGAUUGCCGAACUAAAUGAAAUGAUUGAACGUGUUCGUAAGGAAAAACAAAAAAUUUUAGAAAUAACUUUGUCAUCAAAUGGUGGUGCAAAUAGUGAAACAGAAUAUUUAGAAAUUAUUCAUAAAUCAAAACCACAAAGCGAAGCUGAGCUAUCAGAAAAGUUGAAAAAUGAUGAAACAAAGCCUCAAGAUGCAAAUAAACUACUUGACAAUAAACAAAUUUUGAAUAUUAUACCAUCGACAAAUUCAACUUCCGAAACCCCCAACAAAGAACCAGACGAUUCCGUUGAGAGGGUUCAACUUGAAAAAAAUAAAUUAACCGGUGUCAGCAGAGAUAGUGGAAUCUCCCUUUCAAGACCUUUGACUGCGCAAGACAAUCGUGAAAGCCCUGAUAUUAAAGGAAAAACUGAUGAGACAAAUUUUGAACCAUUCCUAAAAGAUAUUCCAAAGCCUAACCAAUUUUUCAUAAAUAAGCCUACAUUGAUUAAUAUGGCAUCUGUUUCAAUUACAAAACAGCUUUCCGUAGAUCCACAGUCGGCUAGGAAGAACAAACCACCAGCUUCAAUAUCACGCUAUAGUCCACAGUUGGUGGAAGAUGUUCCACAUGAAUUAUCAACAAUUUUAGAAAUAGAUACUCCAGCUACAUCUCGUUUAAAUGUAACUCUUAAGGAUUCAGUUGUGCCUUAUGUACCAGAAAAAAUUAUAGAGGAAUCUCAGCCACAAAAACAACAAGAAAUUACCUCAAUUGCCAGUGAUACAAUUGACACUUUUAAUAUUGAUUUUCAAAAGUAUCCAAACUUUGAAGAAUACGCUAAAGCACAUAAUAUGGACAUUGAACAAUUUGAUCCGGAAAAAAGUGCCUAUGUUAAAAAACUUUACGAAGAAUUAUUUGAAAUCACUCAAAAUGUAGACAUAAAUUUUAAAAAGUUUCCAUCAAUGGCUAGCUUUCAAAAUCAAGAACGUUCUGGCAAUACAACAAAUACUGAUCAUGAUAGUACCCUAAACGUUUCUAAGCAAAUAAUUUUUAAAAAAUUCUUGACCCCAAAAGAAUAUUUCAUGAAAAUUGGAGCAACUGAUUUUUUAGACUCCAAAUCUCUAAUUGAUCAAUCACAAUCGAAAAUAAGCUCAUCACAAUUAGUAACUGAAGUUGAUCUCAGUAGCUCUGACAAAGAAUUGUCCAAGGAAAAAGAAUUGUGUUUAAAAAAAUUUCCUACUUUAAAAGAUUAUUUGGAACAAGAUAAAAAGUCCAAAGCAGGAGAAACAGUGAAUAAAAAAAUUGAAAACUUAUCAACAAAUGAACACGAUAAAAAUGGCAAACACUCAAAUAUAUCCAAAUCGGAUUCCUACGAAAGCCUUCCAGAUAUUAUGGCCGAACUUAAGCGCCGAAAUAUCAUUAAACAUUCUUUUGAUAAUAAAAUUUCUACUGCUGGCGGUAGUAGCAGUUCUAAAGAAAAUAAAGAUCCAAAAUCAUUUCUCAAAACUAAAAGUAAACACGAUAUUUCUGGUAUAGAAACAAUUUCAAGUUCACAUACGAGCAGUGAAAUAGGUAAAGAAUUCGAAGAAAUGGGCCUUGAAUGGGCAAGUUUAAUGCUUAAAAAACAACGACAGAGUAAAGCGCUAAGUAGUAGCACAUCCUCCAGUUUUAUCUUUCAAAAGCAAAAUGAAAGGACUUCAAUGCCAAUAUUCUUAAAAAACACAACAGCAGAAUCUCGCGUGGGAAAACAUGAUGAUAAAAUGUUUGAAGCUGAAAAUGACAAUACUUUAGAUACCACUAUAAAUGAGAAAUUCAGCAAACCGUUGAAUCUUCGUGAAUUUUUAACGCAAGAAUUACAAAAACGUACACGUAGCAAUACCGAUUCAACAUCUUUAACAGACGAUUCUUUAGCUAGUUUAUUCUUACGAUCAUUAUUAGGUUCUGCUACACCUUCUCCAAAAAAUGAAAAUGAAAUUAUUGCAGGAGGUUCAUCAGAUAGACAACAAAAAACAUCAACUCCUGUUUUGCUUGGUGUAUCCAGUAGCUCAAAAAAAUCUACUAGCUUAGAUAGCAAUGGUUUAAAACUAUUUUCAGGUGAAAGUCGUAUAUCAUCAGUUCGAUUUAAUAGUGAAAGUUCAAUUUCAAACGACGAAAAUAUAGAUGUAAAAUCAAAACUAAAACAACAUGAUGAUUUAAAAAAAAAACCAGCUAAAAAAAAAGGUCUUCUUUGAAUAACUUUGUCAGGCUUACAAGAGAAA